AUGGCGGACGACACGACCUACGCACCAAAGUCGCCGGACCUCUCUUCUUUUUUCUCGGCAGCACCCGCCCCGCCUACACCUCCACUGCACACUCACAGUCUGCAGCACUACCAGCAACAACUGAGCAAGCUGCAAACCUCUCCGUCUGCUGCACCGCCCGUAUAUGAAUACUCCUCCCCCUCGGCACGCAUUCACCACCCAAGCCAGCCGUCUUCAACUCCUGUUCAUAUCAAACAAGAGCAGCCCCACUACCCAACACCAGCGGCAAUCAAAACGGAAUUCUCUUCCUAUCAGCCACCGCUGCAAACUCACCCCGGCCAGCCCCAGCCCCAGCACCAAUACCAACCGCCUCAGCAGCACCACCACCACCAACAACAGCACUACCUGUCCCCCCAGUACCACCAGUCGCCGCCGCACCAACACCCAUCUCCGCAACAUCCCCCACCACAUAUACAAAGCGCGUAUGGGAUACAGCCCGUUCUCAACUAUCAGGAACAGCAACCCCAUCAGCCCAAAACACCUCAAAGCCAAGGAUUUCUAGACCAGAAAAACUUUGGCGGAGCACCCCAACUACACGAUAUUCCGUAUAAUCCAGAGUUACAACAUCUACCACAAACACCCGCUUCAACAACUAUGCCUCCUAGAAAGAACGCAAAGCAGGCUGACUCGCCACCUCCAAUUGAUCCUUCACCUGUUCGGACAAAGUUCCCCACAGCCAGGAUAAAGCGGAUCAUGCAGGCCGAUGAGGAGGUUGGCAAGGUUGCCCAGCAGACUCCCAUUGCUGUUGGCAAGGCUCUCGAGAUGUUCAUGAUUGCUGUUGUCAGCCGCAGUGCCGAAAUCGCGCGGGAGAAGAACUCCAAGCGGGUCACGGCUCAGAUGCUCAAGCAAGUCAUUGAGACAGAUGGCCAGUAUGACUUCUUGGCCGACAUUGCCGCCAAGGUUGGCGACGAAGAGAAGAGAGGUGGCCGCUCCAAGGCCGAGUCGUCAAGCGACGAGGAGAUGGAGGUUGAGACGAAGAAGAAGGGCAAGGGUGGCCGUAAGAAGAAGGCCGCUGCAUGA